AUGGCUGGUGAGGGCAUGGAUCUAGAAUAUCUAAGGAUCCGGUUAUCGUCUAUUACACCUGCUUCUCAAGGUGCCAUUCCAAAAGCUAAGCCCUCUCAAACCAAAAGUGCUACUAAAAAGACACGUUAUGCAACUAGAAGCCAAGAAAUCGAUAGUAAUAGAAAUCUAUCUUUUACACCUAAUGAAUCGGAACCAAAUUUACUAGACGAAAACAAUUGUACCAUAAUUAAUACAGAAAAUGUAAAUGACGAUUUGAGACCUUACGUAAGAAUAAACAUUUUAGAUAUGAAUCUAAUAGGACUCAUUGAUACAGGAGCAUCGAUUAGUUGUAUUGCUGGUUCUGCAGCAAAAUUAUUUCUAGAAAAGAAUAUAUCUUAUAGAAAAUUAAACGAAUUUGUUACAACAGCUGGAGGUACUCAAUAUCGAGUAUUUGGUUACUUAAAUGUGGACAUUGAAUUUCGUAGCUUAAUAAAAAAUUUAAGAAUUUAUAUUAUCCCUGAUUUGAAAAACGAACUUUACCUGGGCAUUGAUUUUGUGAGAACAUUUAAUAUAUUAAACUUAGAUACUAAUAUUGUUGAUGUUAGGGAAAUUUGUCACAAGGAAAUGGAAAAUUGUCAUAGUUUAACACCGGAAAUGUCUAAACAGUUGGAAAAUGUUAUCAACUUAUUUCCAUCAUUUGAUCGUGAAGGUUUAGGUAGAACUUUAUUACUUGAGCACACAAUAGAACUGGAAAAGGGAUCAAAACCUGUCAAACAGAGGUACUUCUCAGUUUCGCCGGCAAUCGAAAAACUGAUACACGCGGAGAUAGAUAAAAUGAUAGAAAUGGGUAUUAUUGAAGUCGCACCACCAAAUUGCCCAUGGAGCAGUCCGGUGACUCUAGUGAGAAAAAAUGAAAAGGUCAGAUUGUGUUUAGAUUCAAGGAGGUUAAAUUCGGUAACGGUAAGGGAUGCUUAUCCCCAACCCAAAAUAAGUAAUAUACUAUCACGUCUACCCAAAGCAGAAUUCAUCACCUCCUUGGAUCUAAAACACGCCUUCUGGCAAAUCGGAUUAGCCACUAACUCCCGUGAUAUGACUGCUUUCACAGUUCCGAAUAGACCUUUGUAUAGGUUUCGUGUUAUGCCAUUCGGGUUGACUAAUGCGCCACAGACGAUGAGUCGCCUGAUGGAUAUCGUAAUUCCACCAUCUUUGAGACAUCAAGUAUUUAUUUAUUUGGAUGAUCUCCUGCUAGUUUCUCAAACUUUUGAAGACCAUUUAAAAUUAUUAGCCGAUGUAGCUCAUCAUCUCAGAAAAGCUGGCCUAACCCUUAAUAUUGGCAAAUGCAAGUGGUGCCUAAAAGAAGUUAGAUAUUUAGGCUAUAUUAUAGGUUAUGGUGUAGUUAAAACCGACCCAGACAAGAUUUCUGCAAUAAAAAACUUACCACCUCCGAAGUCCGUCCGUGAAGUCCGAAAAUUUUUAGGUCUUGCCAGUUGGUAUAGACGAUUUAUUGAAAAUUUUUCAGCCUUAACAUCUCCCAUAUCAGACUUAACGAAAAAGACAAAGACAUUCACUUGGACUGAUGAAGCAGACAAAGCCUUCACACAGCUAAAAACUUGUUUAACGACUGCCCCAGUUUUGAUAACACCUAAUUUUGAAAAACCCUUUGUGAUCCAAUGCGAUGCUUCAACUCUUGGCAUUGGUGGUGUUUUGGCUCAGGAAAAUGAGGAGGGAGUUGAAAGACCAAUAGCCUUCUAUUCAUACAAAUUAAAUCAAUCACAAAGAAACUACUCCAUAACAGAGCUUGAGUGUUUAGCUGCUUUGAAGUGCAUAGAGAAAUUUAGAGAAUACGUCGAAGGACAUACCUUUAAAGUCGUUACAGACCACGCAAGCCUUCAGUGGCUUAUGCGGCAGACAGACCUAAACGGACGUUUAGCACGUUGGUCUCUUAGAUUACAAGGUUUUAAGUUCUCCAUUGUCCAUCGCAAAGGCAGUUUGCAAACCGUACCCGAUGCUCUUUCUAGGUUAUCGAUUGAGGCUAUAUCUAACGUUGAAAUCCAACCGGAAAUAGAUCUUGAAUCUACUGCUUUUGAUAGCCCAGAAUAUCCUAUAAAGAAGUUUACAGCGGGUGAAAUUUGCGAUUUCCUUGUAACAAAGGUAUUUAGUCUGUUUGGUGUUCCAGAGUAUGUAGUUACAGACAAUGGCACUCAAUUUCGUUCGGUACAAUUUAGGGAUCUGUUGAGCAAAUAUGGCAUAAAACAAAUAUUCACGGCUAUUUAUAGUCCACAAUCCAAUUCAUCAGAACGACUCAACCGAUCCAUUUUGGCUGCCAUACGCUCGUAUUUAAAACAAGAUCAAAGGGAAUGGGAUGUCCAUUUGUAUAAUAUCUGCAUAGCUCUUAGAAGCCUUUUUCAUACUUCUCUUGGAUACUCUCCAUACUAUGUUUUAUUUGGGUAUCCCAUGAUAACCCACGGAAGUUCUUAUGAGUUGUUAAGAAAAGUAGGUGGAUUAGAAGAAGGAGAAAAUUUGAACCAAGCUGACAAAUUGCAGUUGAUACGAAAGAAUGUUAAAACAAAUUUGGAAAUAGCUUACAAUAAUUACAAGAAGCCUUAUAAUUUGCGUGCAAGAGCUGUCCACUAUAAUGAAGGUGAUGAAGUGUAUAGGAGGAAUUUCGUUCAAAGCAAAAAAUCAGAUAAUUUUAACUCCAAACUAGCACCAAAAUGGUUAAGAUCUAUAGUUAAAAAACGCAUUGGAAAUUCGUAUUAUAAGGUUUCAGAUUUAAAAGGCAAUAUUAUUGGCACUUAUCAUGCCAAGGACUUAAAACCGAAUUAA